AUGGCGAAUACGAAUACUCAGUUUCGUUUAACGAAAGAAGAAAGUGCUUUGAUGGAUGAAUGUCGAAAAUCGAGCUUUUGGUAUCGCUCGGUACCAUUGAUGGCAAUUACAACAGGUCUUCUGACAUAUCUUCGUUUAAAUAAUUUCAUACCACCUAAACUUUAUGGAUUCAAAUUGGCUGGGACAAGCUUUGCAGCAUACGUAUUAGGUAAAGUAUCAUAUAUCCCAGAAUGUCGAAGAUUGAUACUUGAACGAUUACCUAAUUCAAAUCUUGCCCAUUCAUUUGAAUCAAAACCUUAUGAUAUGAUAUCAGAUAUGGCACAACCACCUGAAAUUGUUUCAAAAACUACAGCAAAUAAUAUCUUUGGUACUCGUAAUGAAGAAGAACAACAUGAUGAUCUUGUACCUCGAGAUCCAAUUGAUAAAAAUACUUCUUCGCGAUAUGUAACUUAUGAUGAAUUACGUCAAAGAAAUCGAGCUGAACAUGCAACGAAAUUUCCUGGAACAAAACCUCCAACUAAUAAUCCCAUGCCGCCAACACCAAUACAAGAUAAUAGACAAUUAGCCCCCUUACCAAUAAUAUCUAAUGAACAAGUAGCAACUCGUCCUAUAACUUCUAAACGAUCGAAUGCACGAAAAAAUCAAUAUGGUGAUGAAGUCUAUGAUUGA